AAAUCACAACCAAAUUGUAAACCCUAUCCUUUUCUUCUUCAAAAAAACAAUAAUAAUAAAAGAAAAAAGAAACAGGCAUCCAUCAGUCUUCCCUUUUGUUCCGCCACGUCUCUCUCUCUCUCUCUCCUUCUACUCGCCGCCCUCCUCUGACCACCAAUUCCUUGUUUCCUCUCCAUCUAACAAGUGUUCGUUCGAAGGGCGUCCGCUGCCUGCUCUCCCACCUGAAGAAGAAUCCUUGCCCGCUCCCAGAUUUUCAAGAGCAUUAAAAUGAUGUCGAGUUCAUCUGAGACGUUGGAAAAGAAUAGUGAAAAUUCUGAGCAGAAUACACGGGAGGACAGUGAAUAUGCAAGGCUGGUUGCACCAAAUGAGUCAAGAACAGUUGACAUUAAUUCUCAAGAGGCACUUGAGAAAUCAAAGUCUAAAUCCUUCAUCUGGUGGAUAAAGCUUUUAUCCUGUUGCUUGCUUCUGAUACUACUUGCUUUCACAUUCGUGAAAUGGGGAGUCCCAUUUGCUUUUGAAAAGGUUCUCCUGCCAAUUAUGCAAUGGGAAGCAACUGCCUUUGGCCGGCCUGUUCUUGCCCUUGUGCUCAUUGCCUCCCUAGCUUUCUUUCCAGUUGUUUUGAUCCCUUCUGGUCCCUCCAUGUGGCUGGCAGGAAUGAUUUUUGGGUAUGGUCUCGGUUUUGUGAUAAUCAUGGUAGGGACUACAAUUGGCAUGGUAUUGCCCUAUUUGAUUGGCUUAUUUUUCCGUGAACGUAUAUAUUCAUGGCUGAAGAGAUGGCCUCAGCAGACAGCUGUUCUUAGGUUGGCUGGAGAAGGGAGCUGGUUCCGCCAGUUUCGAGUUGUCGCACUGUUUAGAAUUUCACCAUUUCCUUAUACGGUCUUCAAUUAUGCUGUAGUGGUGACAAAUAUGAGAUUUGGGCCUUAUUUAGUUGGUUCAAUUGCUGGGAUGAUUCCAGAAGCUUUUAUCUACAUCUAUAGUGGACGGCUAAUAAGGACUUUGGCAGACAUGAAAUAUGGCAAUUAUUCCAUGACACCUGUGGAGAUAGUCUACAAUAUUGUAUCCUUUGUCAUAGCCAUUGUCAUAACAAUUGCCUUCACUGUAUAUGCAAGGCGAGCUCUAAAUGAUCUCAAAAGGGCUGAAGGCAUUGGCAGUGCAAAUGCCGACCAAGGUGGUGCUUCGGUGGAACUAGAAAAGCUUCCACAGGAAAGACCAUGGAUAUACUCUUCCUCAAGUGAUAAUGUAUGAGGGAGAAUUUGGUGAAAAAAGGGGGGAAAGAAAGAGAAAAGAGAAAGGACAUGUUAAAAUGGCGAUAUGUGAUGUCUGAUUCAAGCCAUAUAUUUCUUAUAGAAAAGAAGCCUCUGCAUGUAUAGGAGAAGAAAAAUUUUAAAAAGCCAGCAGCAAUCAUCAGCGGAAGUUAGGAAUGGGAUGGUGAGCCGUGACAGAAUUUCGCUCGCUCGUGUAUUAUAUUGCAUCCAUGUUUUGUAUAUCCAGUUUUCAGGGAGAGAAAAUUAAACAUUUGCCAAUUAGCUUGAUGAGAUUGUUGUUUGUAUUAAAAGAAUUCAACUUUGUUGAUACAUGAAUCCACCUUGUGUUAACUGGGUGGUCCUUGGUGGAA